AAUGCACCGAACUAUUAAAGAAAUUAAAUUUAAAGUAACACGAGAAGCGCAUGGUGCUGGCAUUUACGUUCCCGGUUUCUCGUAUUCUGACGUCUGUCACACGCGCGGCACGAAAAAAAUUGGCGUCAUGCGUGCGGGCAGCAGAGGCAAUGGACGGAAAGCCGUUUGACAAUCGCACCCCGGGGUUCACGUUUCGAUCUAAACAAGACUCAACCACAACUUCCUCUAGCCUCGGAUAUUUGUUGCUCUUUACUCCAAAGAUCGUCCAGGCAUUAAUAAAAGGUAUCCAUAUUUUUCCAAAGACGCAACCUUUCCUAACUCAACUGCAACCUACGAUCUGUGUUUUUGCCAUCUGAUCUGUCUUGCAAAGCCCCUCACCGCCUGAACAUUUAUUCGCCACCUGUACGCUUAACCAUCCUUUAGUGGUAACCGUCUAUUAAAAUUUAUCCCCCGUUUAACAUUUGUCAUCCCUCGAUCGAGAUUCCCUUCUUGUUGUGACC